AUGAAUGUUGAUGAGACAAAAGAAUUACAAGAAAUCAUUAAACUCUUAACAGAAAAACCCAUAAUAGAUCAUUCAAAAGUAAAAGACAUUUAUGAGAUUGCAAAAAAAUUAAGAACAGGACUUCAGUUUGCUUAUUUUAAAGUAAAAUGGGGUUUACAAAAUUGUGAUAUAUCAACAUGUGAAAGAAUGAUAGAACAAAAAUUAGAAGAUUAUAAAAACUAUCCAAAUAAAGAAAGAAUACAUCUUCCAUUUCAUGUUUCUCCCAUACCUCCAUCAAAAAAUGGAUUCACCAAUGAAAAAGCUAAAGCCGUCUUUGAAAUACUUGAUUCAUUAGUGAAUCCUAAUUCCAUAGAACUCUAUUUAAAUUCAUUAGAAAGAAAUUAUGGUGCUUAUGGCAAUAAUAAUAAUCAUCAUUCAUGGACUUUAAUGAACUAUGGAUCACCAACAAUAAAAAACUCUUCAUUAUCAUCAUCAUGUAGAAGAAAAGUAGAUUGUGGGGAAGAUUCAAAUCGCGCCAUUAAAAACCAAAAGAUUCAAAAAACAACUGUUGGUCCAUGGAAAGAAAAUAUUGAUGCUUUUUCCUCUUUUUCAUCUUCAUUGUCAUCAAAGGAUUUGAUUGAAUGUCCAGGAACCCCACCAAACCAAAUUCGAUCAAUUAAUGACAUGAAAACACCAGAUACUGCAUUUUCAUUAAGUGAAUAUUUGAAUAUGUCUCCUAUGCAAUAG